UCAUUAAGCAUAGUUCAUCUGUAAGACAUGCGAUUCGGGCCAAUAUUUUCUAUCUGUUAAAUGCUAUAUAACAAACUGGAAAAUUCGCGCAUGUUCAAAGUUAAUUCACUACAGCCGUGAAAUACAAUUUACCUUUGAAAAAUAUGUCUUUCUUACAAAACUUUCUUCAACGUUACACGCCGACUGUAAAAGCAGAAGAAGAGGAAGAAGAAUUGAUUGAUCCUCAAACAGUACUUCGUGACAAAUGUUCAACACAGAAAUGUGCUGCUUUGCAAGAGAAACUGGAUACCUGUAACCAACGUGUAAAUUCAAGAAGUAAAACGGAAGAAACUUGUAUGGAAGAAUUACUUGAUUAUGUAGAGUGUGUAGACCAUUGCGUAGCAAAAACACUUUUCAAUAAGCUAAAAUAAGAUUAUUAUUUACAAAUGUAUGAUCUUUAUUAUAAAAAUGUUACAAAUUAAUUCAACGCAUUGUAGUUAAAUAAGUAAUGCUAGGAAUAAAUGCUAAUAUAUCAAUAAA